AUGGUCAAAAAGAAGGCGUCAAGCACUGAAGAGGACAAUGCCGUCCUAGACUAUUUGCGAAAAGUCAAUCGACCAUACAGCGCAACUGACGUCUUUAACAAUUUACAUGGAAAAUACCAAAAAAGUAACAUUGUCAAGGCACUUGAACGAUUGACUGAUCAAGAGGUCGUUUCCCAAAAGACGUACGGCAAAACGAAUAUCUAUUCGAUAAAGCAGAGCAAGGAAGAUAUUCCAUCUCCAGAAGAAGCUGAGAACAUCAAUAAGCAAAUCGAAGCAUUGUCACGUGAGAUGGAAUCGGUCCAGGGCGAUAAUGUGAAGUUGCAAAAGAAUUUGAAAGAUCUCAAAGCAGCACCAACCACAGAUAAGGCAAAGACCCUCACGACCGAAUUGAUUGAAAGCAAUGAUAAAACUCAGGCACGCAUUGAUAGCUUAAAGUCGGGUACUACGCUAAUAACAGAUGAAGAGAAAAGAAAAAUUGAUGCAGAAUAUGACAAGAUGCGCAAAGAAUGGCGAAUAAGGCGCAAGAUUUUCCGAGAAAUUUUCAAUGCAAUAACUGAAAACAUGCCUGGAAAACCGAACGACUUUAAGGAAGAGCUUGGCAUUGAAGAUGAUCCUAUUCCAUAUGAGCAAGAUCCUCUUCAAUAA